AUGUCAGAUACAGCAAUAAAAGAAAGUGAAGCCAAACAAUUCGGUCAGAAAGUAGAAUCAGGAACAUCGGACUCAUCUCAGAUGACUAGACAAAAGUAUGAAGAUGCAAAGAUGGAAUUACAGGAUCUUCUUGGUCGCAAGAAACAAGUAGAUGCAAAUCUAGUCAAUCUAGAAACGCAUAUUUACCUUUUUGAAGGCUCUUACUUGGAAGACACACAGAACACAGGAAAUAUUAUCCGUGGGUUUGAUGGAUACCUUAGUAAUCGUGUAGACAAGAAGAAGCAAAAACACACAGAGCUUGAUCGAUUAUUUUCCCUUUCAUCUUCUACUUACCAAAAGGCACUUGCUUUGGCUGACGAGAAAGAUCAAGAGUCUAGUCAGGACGAUAGAUCAACCUAUAGUUCUGAAUCAUUAUCGAUGCGUAAAGACAAGAAGCGUAAACUGAAACUAAUUGAUGGGUCACGAAAAAAGAAGCGAUUUGAUUCGAUUGAAAGAGAUUCUGAAGAAGAAGGAGAAUGA